GCUCCGCGCCAGCUCCCGCUCGCUCCCUGCCCACUCCCGGGGGGACGUUCCGUGCCGCGGCCGCCGCGGCCGCCGCUUCUUUCACACUUGAGUUGGGAGCUGCGCGCCGCGCUCAGUUACUGGAGAGCUGGCCGCGCGCCGCCGCCUCCCGCACGCUUGCACGCGGGCCCGGCUUCGGGGUUUUGGGUUCUUACUCCAAGCGGCGGGGAGGAGGGGGAGCCCAGGACACACUGUGGGGAGGAGGAGGAAGAAGAGGAGGAGGGAGGAAGAAAAAAGGCGAGGAGGACAGGGGCGGGGGGCGGGAGGCUUGCCACCUUCAGCCCCCCCGCGAACGCCCAAGGUGCACACAUCUUGACCAACUCAGCAGCAAGGUGGAUUUUCUUUGUGUUUAAAGAAAAAAAAAAUGUGCCCGUGUCUGUAGAGAUGAUUUACAGUUCAGCCCGGCUGAAGCUGACCGAAUGAGACUAUGGGCUGUGCCUCCGCCAAGCAUGUUGCCACUGUUCAAAAUGAAGAGGAAGCCCAGAAAGGGAAAAACUACCAGAAUGGAGAUGUGUUUGGCGAUGAGUAUAGGAUCAAACCAGUGGAAGAGGUCAAAUACAUGAAAAAUGGGGCAGAAGAAGAGCAGAAAAUAGCAGCCAGGAACCAAGAAAACUUGGAAAAAAGUGCCAGCUCAAAUGUAAGACUUAAAACUAAUAAAGAGGUUCCGGGAUUAGUUCAUCAACCCAGAGCAAACAUGCACAUCUCUGAAAGCCAACAAGAAUUCUUCAGAAUGCUGGAUGAAAAAAUUGAAAAGGGUCGGGAUUACUGUUCGGAAGAAGAGGAUAUCACAUAGCACCAAUUUUACCACUCAAACCAGGAGCUACUACUGUGUAAAUAGGUUACACCCCAGUUGAAAUCUUUGCAAAGGUCGGUUCUAUUCAGCGAACAGCACUAUAGCAAAAGAAGAUCGUUCCAUAUCGUACGCCCCAUUAAAUUACAGUGUUUCUUAAUGAACUUGCAAAGGAAUAUUGCUAAAAACAAACAAAAAAAAACUGUUAUCGAACUUUCUUUGUUGCUGCUAGUUAAAACUUGUUGCAACUUUUCACUUCUCUUGUGUCCAGGUAUGCAGCAAAAUUCUGCAAUUUCACCUUAAAGAUACUGUUGGUUUUACAGAUGCUCUCCAACCUAUUUUCUAUAAGAUGAGGUAGUGGUGAACUCAGAUAUCAAACUUCUCUUCUAAACUGGUUCUGCUUCUAAGACAAGCAUCUCCUGCCCUCUCUCCUUCCUCCCCAUCUCUCGCACGCAGUCUAGAGAUGGACUGAGCCUUGCUUCUUACUGGCAGUGUUGAGCUUUGGAGAUGGGAUGGUUGCUAUGCCAAGCCUUGUUUCUCUGCUCAGAAGAAGUAGAGAAGCUAUUAUCAAUUAAAAGCAUGCUGUGAUGUGACUCCUGGAAGUGACAUAGGAGUGAGUGGCAGGUUGUUUGAUUUAAUAGGUAUCUUAAUCAAGAAUUAAGCUUGCAACAUUGGCUUUGCUCAGAUGCAGAUGGAAGUGUGAUCACAAUCACUUUGAAUCCCUCUUCCUCACUUUUUUUUCUAAGAAAAUAAACAUUUUACUGUUUUUAUGGAUCCUUGUCUUCUCCCAUUCAUCCAGCUCAGUGUUUUAAGAUGAUCCUGGGUGCAGAAGUUGAGCCCUCCUUUGCAUUGACACUGAUAAUUAGCCUAAAGGGCUGCCUACCCUUCCAUUAAUAAUUUACCAAGCAUUAGCAAGGCUGAAAGUGGACUGAAGAGGUGAGGGGACAUCCUAUGACUUUUUAGGAGGGCCUGAAACCACCUUGUUACCUUUCAUUUUGUUAGCAAAUAAACCAUCCUAUUUCGUAACUCUCCCCCUUCAAAAUGCUACAUGAGCCUUGCCACUUCCUUUUUCCCUUACUUCCAGCACACUAGACAUAGCAAAAGUGUUUGCCUACUCAACAACGUAAUACUUUUAUGCUUAUGAUGAUAUUUGGAGAUGUGAAAGCCAAACGCCCCUGGCAAUGGUGGGGAAUGUUGACUGAGUGUUCAGCAGAGUUUAUUUUUCCAUACUAUAUGAAGAGAAUGAUCUCUUCUCAAAGACAGAAGUGAUAUUUUUAACAAAUAUUGUCACAAGUAAAUAGCAAUCAAAAGGAGAAAAUAACUUUUGUAUUUUUUUAAUGUGUUUGAUAGCUUUGACGAGGGUUCUCUUUGUUACUUUCAGGGGAGGGCAUCCUAUUAAAUGCCACGCCAGCAGUCCGGGUUUGGGUUUGUCCCACAAAAAGACAGGAGCACUGUAUGUUUCUCUCUUUUGGGGUUGUGACUUUGAAGGGCCUCGAUGUUAGCCACCCGCAGAAGGUGGAGAGUUAAGAUGUUCUGUGUCAAUUUGCUCUUGCCGAAAAGAUGAGCCUCGAUUUUAAAAUCUAUCCACAUAACUGAGGGCACCACUGAUGUGCUAAUAGUGAGAUUCCCUAUCUCCUUUUAGACCUGGGACGGCAAAAAGGAAGGGAAGGAAACUUAGCAGAGUACUAAGGACAAUAGAUUCACAUAUUAGCAACAAAAUCCCGUAAUUCUUUUGGCCAACAGCAGCUAUUUUGGGGAGCAGCUGUGGCUGUUACAUAAAUAGAGAUGCAGCCAAAAUGUUAGGCUUUUUUAUCCUGCUUCAAGUAGAAAAAAUGCAGGGAGAGUCAAGUAGUCUCGGGUUUCAGGUUGCCUCCUCUCAUACGGUUUUUGGCCAAGUGACUAAAAUAGUUUUCCACAACUGUAAACGAACUGCUAAGCCCCACCUCAAACUUGUUCACUGGAGACUUUGUUCACUGUUCUGUGGAUGACCUUUUCCGGGAUUUCUUGUUCUUAUCAAGCAAGAAUUAAGCACAUGCUAAACGUCUUCCAUUUGAUUUCUUUACUCGGUGUCUCACACAGUCUUCCCAGAAAACCACCACCCUCUACCCGAAGAUGAAACAUGCUCAUGUCAUUUCUCUCACGGUCACAUUGAACACUUUUGACAUGUUACACUUGUGCAUAGAUCCAAGCGUUUCUUGGGAACCUGACUUUUGAGUGUUUAAUAAAGCCGGAAGUGAUGUUGCCCUGAACCACCAGCUUUUCACCCGGGUUCUGGCUCUGGUGUUUAACACUGGAUACAUCUUUGUUGUGCGAAAGUAAGUUCUUCAGACACAUUUGGUACAUCCAGAAAU